UGAGCGCUCGCUGGCACGGCUCCUCGUGGACCAGUCAGCGGAGCGAAAUUGAAGCUGACAAGACUUUUCUGGCAUUUUGGAAAGGACUGUAAUCUACUGUAGGGGAGAACAGAGCCACUCAAUCACCGCCGCCGUAAAUAGGAGACGGAAGGGAGUGAGAAAGGAGGCGAAGAGAAAAAGUGCUUGCUGGGGGGGGGGGGGGGGGGCGGCAUUUUUGGUGGAUGGUAUGAAGCCAGCCAUGGAAACUGCAGCGGAGGAAAAUGCAGAACAAAGCCAAGAGAAAAAAGUGAUCACCAGACCAGAAAUGGAAAUUGGCAGGUACCACUGGAUGUACAGGAGUUCAAGGCCACACCGGUACCAUCAUGUGCCAGCAUUGAGAGGCAAUAUUAGUCCUUUGGGGAUUCAAGGUUGCUUUGAAUGUUGCAUUAAGUGCCUAGGAGGAGUGCCAUAUGCUUCGCUCGUGGCAACCAUUCUCUGCUUCUCGGGGGUAGCGUUGUUUUGUGGCUGUGGCCACGUGGCGCUCACGGGAACCGUGACUAUCCUUGAGCAGCACUUCUCCACGACUGCCAGUGACCAUGCUUUGCUGAGUGAAGUAAUACAGCUAAUGCAGUAUGUAAUUUAUGGCAUUGCAUCAUUUUUCUUCUUAUAUGGAAUAAUCCUUUUGGCAGAAGGUUUUUAUACGACAAGUGCUGUGAAGGAGCUGCAUGGAGAGUUCAAAACGACAGCCUGUGGCCGCUGCAUCAGUGGAAUGUUUGUUUUCCUCACCUAUGUGCUUGGAGUGGCCUGGCUUGGGGUCUUUGGCUUCUCUGCUGUGCCUGUCUUUAUGUUCUAUAACAUAUGGUCAACUUGCGAAGUCAUCAAAUCUCUUCAGACAAAUGUGACAGUUCCAGGGGACCAGAUCUGCGUGGAUAUCAGGCAAUACGGUAUUAUCCCUUGGAAUGCUGUACCUGGCAAAGCCUGUGGUCCGAUUUUAGAGAACAUCUGCAACACGAAUGAGUUCUACAUGUCUUACCACCUGUUCAUUGUGGCUUGUGCUGGAGCUGGUGCCACUGUCAUAGCAUUGCUGAUCUACAUGAUGGCUACUACAUAUAACUAUGCUGUUUUGAAGUUUAAGAGUCGGGAAGAUUGCUGCACUAAAUUCUAAAUUGUAUAAGCCCAGUAAAGAGCUGCAUUGCGUAGCUUGAAAUACCACUGACACCCUAGGCUAAAAGUCUAGCUUUCUGAAUUUUGUUACAGUAAUUGUAAAUAGCUUCAGUAAGCAUCAUUUAGCUUAUCAGAUUAAUAAAAUGACUUCGUGUAUAUGAACUAUGAUGUGGAUGAGAUCUGGCUAUUUUUUCAUGUCGAGAGGAUUCAGUUACUGUAGGGGUAUUUGUAAAGCAUCCUUCUGAAGAUGGGGUGUUUCCAUUUGAAGUCUCCAUUUGCUUUCUAACAGUCAUCUCUAAAACAAAUACUGGAAUGGUUCAGGGUCAGAAUUACUAAUUUAUUCUUCAUCCUGAACACCAAAUACAACCACCCCCCCACCCCCUGAGUACAAAAUAUAUAUGAUACAAAAGAAAAGGAAUAGUGAAGUAGUGCCAGUCUCUUUCGGCAGAAAUCAGAAGCCCAGGUAUUAUCUAUUAGUUGGCUUGUGUUUCCAGUGCACUGAUGAUAAAGUUGAUUAUUUUCUUUUACUUCAUUUUUACGCAAUUGCCAAAUCACACUCUCUCUGGAAGGAAAUAUAUCCUUGUAUUAGCUCUGCGUAAAACAAUCACAUUCUUUCUUUUGGACCCUGAACUAGUAAGAAACAGCGUAUGAACAGCUUCUGUUCUUGUAUGGCUUGCACUUUAGUAACUGAUUUCUCAGUAGCCAGAUCUCAAAACUGUAAGUAUGACUGCACGGGAAGCAAAACCAUGCAUAGAUCCUAGAGACCUUUUUACACUGUUGGGAUUAAAAACAAAGAGAAGUGAAUCAGUGUUUUCAGAUGUAGAUUUUUUUUGCAAGAAGUAUGGUGAAAAGAAGUUGGGAAGAGAUGAAUGCACAAACUAGAAAAAAUCCACAUAAUAAUAAUAAUAAUAAUAAUAAAAAUGAGCAAGUUGCUACAUAUGAUAUAAAACUCUUCACCUGAGGUUGGACAAUGGAAGUUUAAAAUGUAGUUAUAAAAAUAUACUUCUUAACCCAGAGAUUGCAUGCUUUUGCUUAGUUUUGGACUCAUGUUUUGCUGUUUAAUUUUUCAAUAUGUUAAUGUAGCCUUGUUCACGUAAAUAAAACUGUUUACAGUUUCAGGUUUUUUGGGGGUGGGGGGUGGGGUGGAAUUCUCAUCUGCUUGUUGGGGGAAAAGACUUACCAGGACCUGGGCUUGGAUAUGCAUAAACACCACAACUGUAGAAAGCGGUUCUUCUGAGCACCUUGUAGUUUACAAUUAUGUAUAUCGCCAUGUACAAAACUUUUUUCCUGCUUCCCCCCAUUCUGCAUUUUAAUUGAUCCGUACAACUCUGUAGCUCAUUUUAUUACUGUUAUACUAACUUUCUCUAAGUUGUGAAUAACCGACUGAAGUAUUAGCAUGCCAAAUUCUAGAGAUCUUUGAAAAUAGCCUCUGUGCUUGUUAUAAUAACAGAAUGCUUAUUAACGUAGAAUAACUUUUUUUUUUGGUCGUUAUUUUAAAGAGCGUCUAUUAAUCUAACUAGCAGCUUGCUUUGCCUCUUGACAUGCUCACUAGCCAUCAUGCUCACCCUUCUCUUCCAGAUCCACUUCCUCAUGAUACUGUCUUCUAACUGGGCCUACUUAAAGGAUGCAAGCAAAAUGCAGGCCUACCAAGAUAUCAAAGCAAAAGAAGAGCAGGAGCUUCAGGAUAUCCAGUCUCGGUCAAAAGAGCAACUCAAUUCUUACACAUAAAUGUAUGCCACAGUAAUUCAGCAGAAGAAUUCUGUAGCUCUGACAAAUCAACAAAUAGCUGCUCUGCAGUACAGAUGUGUGUCUACCAAACAAAAUUAGAGAGAAGUGCAAAAGCUUCACGUUCCAGCUCCUGGAACGCUUUCACAGGGAAAUCUUCCCAAGGGUAAUCUUCCAUCCUUUCAUAGAGAGAAUGGAGGGUUUAUUCCAGGCAUUUUAAAAGGCAACACUUCACAAUAAGUGACCAAAUUAUUCCUCUUUGAGACUUUUGGUAUUUAAUAUUUGACAAGUUCUACAGCAUGACGUCCUGCACAAAACUGUGGCAGGUGCUCCAAACCAGCAGGCAGUAGAUCUCUGCACGUGAUUUAGUAUCUCCGUUUAUAUACCAAAUGAAACCGUGGCCGGCUAGGAUUUCUGACAGCUCGUGCUUACGUGACAGCACAGUUGCAGCAGUUUGAAGUUGCAACGGGGCCGUCUUUGAACACUAUUUACACGGGCCACAGGAACAGCACUCUGCUUUUGUGCCACACUUUUUUAUGAUGAAGCAGUCACACUCCUGUGCUUACCUGAGUGCUGAGCAGACGUCCUGAGUUUUAAUCUUUUUAUUAACUAUUUAAUGGAAUGUAGAUCCCUGGAUCUGGAUAAUGAUCCCCUUCUUUGAAAAUAAAUGUCAGCUUUGCCUUAAUAUUUAUUUUCUAUAAAUGUCUUAGCAUUUAUAUAGUGGCAGGAGACCAUUAUCCUACAUUUUAAGUAAGUGAAAAGUGUUACCUUAUUAAAAUGACACUGAUCUGACUAUUCCAAAUGAGUGGAUGAGAAAGUUUGCAGAGUUUUACACAAACAAUAAAAAUUACAGCCAUAAACCAGAAUACAGGAUGUCCACCUUUCUCUAUCUUGGUGCUUAGCAAAUUUAUAGUCAGUGCUUAUGUGUUUUCCUUUUUACAAAUUAAUUAGCACAUGAAGAAAACGUGGUGUUCAGAAAAAAACAAACAACAAACUGGUGCCAUUUUAAAAGUCAUUUCCCAUAGAAGUCUGCCUUCUAAUUAAUGUUUUUUUCAGAAGCAUUCAGUGAUAUCUUGAGUAUUAGUGAUGGUAUAUUUGGUGUUUGUUCUAUAUGAUAUAUAUAUAUAUAUAUAAAUGUUGGGGGGAAAAAGUAAAAUGCAUCAGUCAUUUAAAAAAAUUAAAUAUUUAAGUCAUACCCAUGUUAAGCUGACGUGUGGUUUGAUAGUUUUGACUGUUUGCUGAAUAUAAAUCAAAGGAAGCACAAAUUUCUUCAAGUCAGUAUUAAGAGAAAAGGUAUUUUGGGGGGUAUUAAUUUCAAAUAUAAUUUUUUUGUUAAAUAUUGGAGUCUAAUUUGACAGUUUCAAAAAAGGGGCAAAGUUGAUCAAUGUAGAGCAAAUAUGACAAAAUAGCCUAGUGUAUGUUCUUACCUGUUGCAUGAAGGAGACAUUUCUACAGCAAUGCAGGUGAUGUUCUAGCCCAGUGUUUGCAUAAGGGUAAUAAUGGAGGCAGUGUCUUAAAGCCUAAUUCUUUUCUAAUUCAGUGUAGCUAUUACUGGGAGUUUUUGAAGUUUUGUUUAAGUAGUCUAAUAUUUUUAUGUAAAGAGCAUUAAAUUUUGCUAUGUAUAAAUUUUUGUAACCUAACAGUGAAUCAAUAUUUUCUAUCAGUGCCAAGGGCUUCCUGUAGUUACAUCCAAGUGUUAAAAUAAAUAUUUGUAGAUAAUAGA